CGGAUGCCUCCUAUUGAAUGUAUACAUCGUACGCCCCUAGAGCCCCCAUGCGGGGGCUAAAAACGGCUGCCUGGUAGGCACCUUUCCACGUCCAUCACUUUCACUUCAACCAUAGCCUUCUCGUUCGUACUUGCAUACCUAGUUAAGUACUGGAUUACUGACAAUCAUUAUGGAAACUUGGAAUGCGGCGGUUUCUUCUCUGCUAUAUAAACCACUUAGCGGAGGACUGGCAUUCCGUUUACUUCAUCUUCAUCCUGGUACUCCUGACGAAGAUCUCCAUGCUGAGCUUAUCCCCACCACCAUCGACGAUGUUGCUGAGCAAUACGAGGCCACAUCCUACACCUGGGGGUCGCCAGACAAUCCGCAGCGCAUGACGUGCAACGGAAUCAGCUUGGUGAUUCAGAAAAAUGCAUUCGACAUGCUGAAGACCCUCCGGAAGCCAGACCAGCCCAGGACAGUAUGGAUAGACGCUAUCUGCAUCGACCAGUCGAAUAUCAAGGAACGGGCAUCCCAAGUCUCGAUCAUGAACCAUAUAUACCAACGGGCAAAAAGGGUCCUAGUUUGGCUCGGUAAUCCGGAUGCUUAUAGCACCUUGGCCAUGGCCUAUGCCGCCGGUCUGGAUGUGUUUGACCUCUGCAAGGAUAAUAUAGGGAACCCUGAUAUAUCGAUGGCGGAUAUCUACGCGAGAAAGCCUUAUUUUUUCGACGCGGAAAACGAAACAUGUCAAGACGAAGCUCUCGGUAUUGCUCUGGUUAAGUUUGUCAACCGGCCAUGGUUCAGUCGGGUAUGGGUUCAACAGGAAGCUGCCCUUUGCCGCGAGACGAUAAUGAUUUGUGGGGAGCAAGAAGUCAGCUGGGGUCAUGUAUUUGCAGUGGCUUGGAUACUGGUCCCUAGGAAUAUUGGGCUGUAUCCUGAUUAUAUUACCGACGACCUUGACCGUACACUAAAUAAUCUAACUGCUAUAGAAAGCAUCCAUCGCCAAAGACAGAACCGGUUCGGAUUCAUGGUAAAUGAUUUGGCCUCAAGGGGGGUUGGCCUUGUUCCGCUCCUUGUUACUACGCUGGUUCUUGCUACCCGUCUCGGCGCCACGGACCCGCGUGACAAGCUAUAUUCCACGAAAUAUCUUACGGUGGAUGCCGAUACCUGGUUCGCUGUAGACUACAGCGUCCCAUGGCAAGUACUUUACGCUGAUGUCGCUCGAAGGUGGUUGCAGCAUGGCACUCUUGGCUUUUUGAAGAUUGCUGGCAGAGUUCGACACAAGUCAGGUGAGAUACUACCAUCAUGGGCGCCAGACCUUCGAGAUGGGCGUUGGGGUAGCCACGUUAUAGUCGACCAUCCUAGGUGGAUGGCUGGAGGUCCGACGCCGGACUCUUCAGCGAAACAUGCUGGUAGCGUUCACAGCCUGCCAAAGCACCACAGACGGCGACUAGAUCUACCUGAUGAAUUGAGGAACUUCAAAGAUAAACGCAAGGCACUACUUCAGAGUUAUGCUUGCUUCAAAUGUAUAAUGUACGACGAAAUCAUAUACCUUGGCGGCGUCCUCGACGACCUAUUUGAUAACCCGGCCAUGUUGAGUAUUUUCCAGAAAGACCUUGACUAUAUUAAGGGGCUGGGUUUUCAGGAAUAUUUCAACAAAGACAGCUUGUCAGAUGCCUACAAACUCACGCUUAUCCUCUCGAGGAAUAGGAAAGAUGAAAUCGUAGAUUCUAGCUAUGUACGCGAUAACUGGGAUGACUGGAUUCGGUGGGUGCAAGAUCCAAUGGCAGAACGGACUAAUAUGCCAGUGUGGCAGUACAGCAUGGAGGCAUCGACUGUGCUCGGACAUUGUCGGUUUGCCAUCACUAAGCACGGCUAUUUCUGCCUCGUGCCACGAGACACCACCCUGCACGAUGCAGUAAGCAUCUUCAUAGGACACCCGCUUGCUAUGGUAAUUCGCCCUUGGAACCCCCCUUCGACGCGCACGGAUGGCGGAAAAGUCCGUGAAGAGUCUUCUAACAGAACGGGGGAAGAGGGAUAUUUUGAACUCAUUGGAGAGGCGUAUAUUCAUGGCAUGAUGGAUAACCAGGCCCGAUGCAUUAUGGACGAGUUUAGCAUCAAACGUAACCCUACGGAAUCAAAGAUGGAUGCCAUCAUGAAAGCAUCAGAUUCGGGACAUGGGGUGCCAUGGAAAACUCUAGGGCUUCAUGGCGGCUAUGAAAGAAUCAUAAAAACAUUGGGCGAAUAUCUGGUGAAGAUCGUUUAACUGGUGAGGUUUGGUGGUGAAGCUAUUAGAGUUACAAGACAUCGACUCCCUUCACAGACCUACAACUCUUAAAACACUCCCUCGGAAUAGUCCACGACGAUGACCUUCUCUGCAAGGGGUCCAACAAAGGCCUUGAACUCUUCAUGAAACGGGUCCUUCUCAACGUAAUAAUUGCGAUCCUCCGUCGUCUCAAAAUCUACGACAAAAGCAUGGGUAAUACCAUUCUACCGGGCUAGUUAGCAGCCACGAACAUCCAUUUCUUAGAUUAGCACUAGGUAGGCUACCACUCAGGUACCUAGGCAGUCUUUGGCCGCCAUACAUACCUGAGC